CUCGACCUUCUGGUGAAAAAGUACAAGGCAUGGCGAGCAGAUGUCGUGCCGACUCCUCCUGCUCUUCCUCAUCCAAAGGAGUCGUGGCCGAGACGGCCUCCCUCUCCAUCAACCCGACCUCUUCUGCGGAGAGCCACCAGUACUGCAGCAAGGGCUCGCGGACUACCUGUUGGACCUUUCCGUUUACUGACAGCUGCCUCAGCUUGCAGGAGAACCGGCGUGAGAAGAGUGAGGUGGCUCACCCCAAGUGCUGUUAUGGAGAGAACCUGGUGGCCGAAGGCAUCGAAGAUGAUAGCCCGGACGAUGAGAACGUCGUUGGCGAUCCGUCCGGUGGGAGCGGUGCUGCUGACAGCGGACAGUCGAAGGUCUGCGCCAGAGGCCACUGGAGGCCUGCUGAAGACUCCAAGCUCAAGGAAAUGGUAGCCCUCUAUGGCCCUCAGAACUGGAACCUCAUAGCAGAAAAGCUAGAAGGCAGAUCAGGGAAGAGUUGUAGGCUGAGAUGGUUCAACCAGCUGGACCCCAGGAUCAACAGAAGGCCUUUUACCGAGGAGGAAGAGGAGAAGCUCAUGACUGCUCACAGAUUCUAUGGGAACAAAUGGGCUAUGAUUGCGAGGCUUUUUCCAGGUAGAACCGACAAUGCAGUUAAGAACCACUGGCAUGUCGUCAUGGCCAGGAAGUAUAGGGAGCAAUCAGCUGCAUAUAGAAGGAGAAAGCUUGGCCAAGAAGUACUGCACCACCACAGACUCGACGAAGCUGCUGCAGCAAAGGCCACAGCAGCACCAAGAACAGCCUAUGGCUCUACCAGCGGCUCCUUUCCUUCCUUUCCUUUUCUUGCCGCCGUUGAUGCCUCCGCUGGCGCUCAUCACAUGCCGCACUACUCGGGGGAUUCACUCUCAAAUUGCAGUGGCUUUUCUGCUGAAGGAACACCCUUCGAUUUCUUCUCUGAUAACAAGGUUCACGAGAAGGAAAGCUUCUACGGCAACAUGUCAUCGGACAUGCCGACUGUUGAGCCCUUCGUGGGCUUUAACCAUCAUUCUCCGGUCGGCUCGGCGGUGCAGCGAUCGAGCCACUUACCCCACGAGUCUGCCACUGAGACACCAUCUGAAGACAACAGCGAGAGCAGCCACGUUGAUGCCGCAGUCUCACCAACUUUCAUAGAUUUCCUCGGAGUAGGAGCCCGAUGA